AUGAAGAGCACUAUGCAAGAGCUUGAGAGAGAGAUUGAUCUGAAUGCCAAGAAAAAUGGCCGCAUAGUGGGUGAAAUCGCUUUCCAGCUAGACAGACGUAUCCUGGCCUAUGUGUUUCCUGGAAUAACAAGACUUUAUGGUUAUACAGUAUCCAAUAUCCCUGAGAAAAUCAAACAGGCCUCCCUGAAAAGCCUGGAUGGUUUUGUGGAUGAGAAGAAGUACCAGGCCAUGACCCAGCACUACUUGUCCCUCCUCACACGCCUAGAAAAGAUGGGUUACAACUGUAAUGUUCAUCCUGUAUUCAGCGAAUUCCUGAUCAAUACUUAUGGCAUCCUAAAGCAGCGUCCAGAUCUGAACUCCAGCCCGAUCCAGAGCAGCCCAAAUGACCUCCGGAAGAUAGUGAUUGACACUGUCCCAUCCAAGUUCCUUGGUGACACCUUACUGCUCCUGAACUGUUUGUGUGAACUUUCCAAGGAAGACGGUAAACCCCUGUUUGCUUGGUAGUGGAUAGUGCUACUCCCAACAAUAACACUAUCCUCCCAUAGAAACAAACUGGAAGAAUGAGUUAAAUACAGAUGUGGAUUUUUUUAACCCACUCAUGAGGAUCUGUCAGAGCAGUUUGCUCCAGCAGGAGAUACUGUGUGUGUUUGUUUUUAAUGUGAUAAGGAAUCUGGAAACUCUAUCCUAUGCUGGCUUUUCUUCAGCUUCUAACAGUGACUGUCCUCAGCCAACCAAAAGCUAUCACUUCCCUCCACCUCUUUGCGCUCUCUUCACCCCCCUAAAAUGGAGGGAUCAGCUGUGUUUUCAUAGUGGUGAGGGCUUCCACUUGGAAUCACAGCAGCAUCCUUGCUGUGGUCAGCUCUCAAGUCAGUGAGAGAUGCUGCAACAGAUCCUUCCUUCCAAGGAGAAAAUUAAAUGCACACAAUUUGCAAACAUUCACCUGUCCGGCUGUAACAAAUAAUUAGAGCCAAACUGGCUGGUCAAAGCCAAGGCCUGCUGCUAGUGAUUCUUUGUGCCCUACCAAUGCUUAUGAAGCUAAAUCUGUUAAAGUUGUUGCUCUGCUUGGGUAACAGUUAAUUAUUAGGUGGCUUGCUUUUGGACAACAGGUGCUGUCAGUGUUGUACCCAUCCUUAGGCAAAUAGUUCUUACUGCUAACUAAUCCUUUUGGCAUAAAUGAGGAUUAAUCAUCUGAGUAAAAUCAUGCAUUAUUUUAUGUAUGGGGUUUUUGACUAUUGCAGAGUUCACAAGUAACCUAGGUCAAGAAUUCUCUAGCUUCUGCUGAGCAGCCCACACAUUCAAGGGGAAAAGCAUAAGGGCUGUGAUGCUGAGUCUUUGGAGACCCUGUACUACCAACACAAUGUAUUCCACUCAACAAGGAGACCAGCCUAAUUAAAGAGUGAAUAGCUGCAUAAGGACUGUGGCAAUUCACAUAUGGAAAUCUUCCUUCUUUCUCUGAUAAGCAGUGUAGCUCCAGGAGAGUGGUCCCUAACCAUAGGUUCUCAGGCAAUAAUUCUGCCAACAAGACCCUAUCAUAUUGCUUGUAGCCACAGGCAAUUAAAAACUAAAAAAUAGAGGCUGACAAGGAGAGCAAAGCAUAAGGCCCGUGGCACGUUGCUUACUCAUUACUGUUGAAUGCCAAUGGGCCAAAAAAAGUUGGGGCCACUGCUAUGCAGAUUUGACAU